AUGAGAUUCUCACCUCAUUAUCUAGUCAAAUCAUCUGGUGGACAUGGUUUCACAUCACAAUGUGUCUCGUACUCUACAAGCACAUCUUCUAAUUGGGCAUAUAUGCCUAGAAUGAGAGGUGCCUUUGGUCAGAUUAUUCGUAACAUCAUAGGUGACAGACGUGAUGGUGUAGAGAGAAUUCCACCAACAACAUCACACAAACGACACAACGAAGCAAAUCGUCCAAUUAUGCAGCGUUGUCGAAGACAACAGGAGGUCCAGGACGAUGAUGUUGACUCCACCGAGCAUGCACAUAUGGAGGAGGAUGUCCCUCAGCCGCCACAGAUGGAGCAAACCGCUGAUGAUAUUCCUGAUACUUCUCCACAUCCUGAUCAGCAAACCGGAUUUCCCGAAGGACCGACGUUGACAUCUCUGUUGACACAGUACGAGCAUCACGUGGCUCGGAGGUUAUGGGAAGGAGAGGAUCGUGGAUCACUAAAGGUAAUUACUCACGGAUUGAAACUGAAGAAGUUUGCGGAAGUUCCUAUGCCAGCUCCUGUAGAGCAUUGGAUUCAGGAAUCUGGGCUGAUGCAUCUAUCUUCAGGCUACCUCACAAUGGCGGAUGCUGGUCUGAUAUCGGCAUUUGUUGAAAGAUGGCAUCGAGAGACCAGCUCAUUUCAUCUGCCAUUUGGAGAGAUGACGAUCACCUUAGAUGAUGUUGCGACUCUCCUUCACAUCUCACCGCAUGGUAAAAUUUUUGAUGCACCUUUGAAUAUGAAUACUAAUAAUGCUGCAAGAGCUGCACAUGAGUACUUAGGUGCAACAUGGGAGGAAGCAUGUGCUGAGAUUUGUGCCCAAUAUAGAUUGCAAUGGUUGCGUGAUUUGUAUAGCCAUCUCAUUCAAACUAACCAGUUUGAGUGUGCGGGUAGAACAUAUCUGUUGCAUUUAGUUGACUGCACUAUUUUCGCCGAUAAAACACAUACGCGUGUUAAGACUACUCGUGGGCUUCUGCGGCAUUGGUUUUCCUUUAUGACAACUUGGGAGAUGGAGUUGUCCACGACACUCGACAGGUGUUACAUGAGCCUACUGCAGUGUUGGAUUUACGAGCACUUCCCUAGGAUCUGUAAGCGGGGUGAUAGAGGAGCGGUUCCUGCGCAUCUUCCAAGAGCAUGUAGGUGGACUGCAAAACAUGCUGUUGAAGGUGGAUUGAUGGCAUAUCGUCGGAGACUUGAUGGGUUGUUGCUCGAGGAUGUAGUGUUUACACCAUAUGAUGAUGAUCGAGCUAAUCAUCCGUUUGUAUCGAUUUCGAUAUUUUCUGGAUAUCUUCAAUGUGGUGGAGUCUCAGUCCCAUAUUUGCCAGAGCGAUGUCUUCGACAGUUUGGUCGUAUUCAGUGCAUUCCGCGGGACGUUCCUCCGAUGCAAGACAGUAUAGAUUGGGUGUGGCAGAGCACUAUGAGAUCAUCUGUAGAGACCUUUCGGAGACUAUAUCCUGUUGCGACUUUUCCUGAAGAGGUCACUCCAGACUACUAUGCAUGGUACAUUAGUGUUUCACAUCUUCUGAUUCUCCCUCCAUCCACCGUUGCACCUUCAAGUCCACAUACUACUGUUGCUGCCCAUGUUGGUCCAUCAUCGUCUGCACAUGCUGGUAGAGACCGUAGAGCAGCUGAGCUUGCACAUAGGGCCUUAGAUAUGGUAAGACCAUUUAGUGAGAUUCAUGAAAUAUUGAGUGAAUUAUAUCGCUUGUAUGACGAUUAG